AUGAUCACAAAAGUAAAGCCUAUCCUUUCAAAUAUCGAAGAACUCACACAUUCAAUAGAGCAGCUCACCACAGAAGAACUACCACGUAGUAGACCAAUAAAAAGCAGACUGCUAAACAGAGCGAACUGAAAUGAAUUUAUCAGCUAUUUUCCGAGCAGUCACAAUUCGUCGCCUCGAUUAAAAAGAACCCAUGAGCCUAACUCCCCCCCCUCGAAGUUCGACCAAGAUAUAGGGAAAAUUCCUAUUUUUUUGGAAAAUAACCCCCCCUCAAAGUUCGACCAAGACCUAUAUAAAUUUACUAGGAAAAAAUUAUUAUUUUUCGAUCUUAUGAAUUAGUUCAAAAGACCAAUUGUUUUAAGGGCAGUAGAUUAAUUAAGGAGAGAGUUAGCUGAAUUUUCAAUUCUGAAAAUAGAGCUCGAAAACUUGACCCCUUCACCACUAUAAAAAUUUUUCUCAAAUGUUUUUUAAAAUUUUUAAUUUAAAAUUAGUUUUUUCAGAGUUUUUUUAAAAUAAUUAACUCUUUGAGCAUGGAUUGGCUAAAGUAAUAGUCGACGAUUUCAAUUUUGGCAGAGUUCGUUGUAAAUUUGCGCUUCAGCUCCAUCAAAACUUUUAUUAAAAAUGGCUUUUUUGACAUUUAAGCAAUUUUUCAAAAAUUUUAAACUAUGCGGGGGUGAGCUUGCGAUUUUUGUAUUCAAGUUCUAAAAAAGCGUUACAAAACCAUCUUGCACUAUUUUUUCUAACCCUUACACCCUCUCAACCAUACAGAAGAAUAUGAUAAAUAUUUUUUUUUUUUAACUACUAAAUUAUAUAAAAAAAAUUCUAUAUAAUUUGUUUUAAAAAAAUUUUUCUUAACCACCCUCGAAGUUCGACCAAAAAAAUCUUGGUCGAACUUCGAGGGGGGGGAGUAAAGGCUUUGAAUGAGAUGGCACGAAAUCACAGUCAUCCUCUCAAGCGUUUUGGGCAUGGCCUUGUAGAUCUAAUAUAGGGAAAGAAGACGCUAACAUAGGGAAAGUAGAUGAUUUAAAUUGCAUUGUGGAAAGAAUGAGGGAUAAAAUGGCCAGCUUGCUUACUUCCAGUUGCAAUUAAUUUGUAUAUUUAUAUGAAAAAUUAGUCUACAUUGAUAUCUUUUAGCACUCUUAAAUAAAAUAUUUUAUAUUAUCUUUUGAUUCAAAAAAAAACACAAUUAAAAAUAUUUUUGAAUAAAAAAAUGGUCACUAUUUAUUGGAGAUAUAGCAGCCAGCAUAAGUUGCUUUCACUAGUGAUGGAUGCUGAAACCAUCGGAGAAGAUUAUCAAGCUGGUGACUUGUGUGUUCUUAUGGAGCUCUGUGGAAAUAACUCAGAACUUCAUCUAGAAAACAAUAGAUUGAAGAGACAUUUGGCUUCAAUGAAAAGCUAA